AUGAAGACUGGUUUUGAAUACUUGAUUGCUCACCAGGAUGAAUUUGAUGAUGCCUUUUCAUCUGAUAAACAUGCUCUAUUUUAUGCUGAUCGGGAGAAGAAACCAGCUUGUUUCAUCGUUAUUGGAAAGCCCUCAACAGGCAAAACUUCGAUUGCAAAAAUGCUUGUUAAGGAAAUGCGAUGCCAAUAUAUCCAUGCGACACAUCUAAUUGAAAGGAAUAUAAGCGAGGAUACAUCUAUUGGAAAGUACUUCAAGGAAAAACUUCUAUCUGGUAAAAAUUUAUCUCUUCAAGAAAUGGCUACACUUUUGAAAGAAGCCACUUCUCUCCCUGAAUGUCAUCACUAUGGAUAUGUUAUGGAUGGUUUUCCUAGUUACUUCGCUUUUGAGGAGCAGUUACAAUUAGUAGAAAAUAUACCAAUGAAACCCGAUUAUGUUGUUCAUAUUGAGGUUUCAGAUGAAGAUUUGGAAAAAAGACUUGAAUCCCAACGUAUUGACCCAGUUAAAGGAUCAAUAUACAACUUCCUCAAUUUUAAAGAUCCUCCAGGGCCUUUCCUGAAGCCAACGACAACCAAGUCUAGCAAAAAGCAGAACAGAAACGACGAUGAAUUGAAUUUGGUUGAAGAACAAGAAGAGCGUCCUAAGUUAAAUCAACUUGUACCUUGGCAUCCUGAUUUUCCUCGACUGUCAAAAGGAGUUAUGGAAAGGUUACUUAUCAGACCGGAGGAUACUAAGCGAGAGCUUGUGAAACUAUUCGAGCUCAAUGCAGAUGUUGUCCCUAAGUUAUUGGAUAAAUUUUUCAAGCACUUUCCGAAGUCGCACGUUAUCCGAAUCGACGGAAACUGUCCACCAAGUCAGAUGUUUCACAAUCUGAUGGUCAAAGUUCGAGCCCUUCCUUUGGGUCCAGCUAUUUCUCCAUUUCCACUUUCCAUGAAAAUUGAAGGUGAAGAAGAACAAGAAGAAAAUUUCGGGGAAGAGGAUGAGUUUCUGCCAAUUGAAAACGGAACAACAGGAGAUGCUGAUGGAAACGACGAUGUAAAUGUAGACUGGGAUGAAGUUAUUACUUCAUUAUCGGUUACCAAGAUGCCUACAGAGCAUUCGCGUUGGCAUUUAAGUGAAUGGCAACAUUUUUGUCCAGUUCAACUAUAUGAUGGAAUUUUAGAGCAUGGUAAAGUACGGUUUGCCUGUGGGUUUCUCGGGUUUCUAUACUUCCUGUCUUCACGUGAAGCAAUGGAUUCAUUCACUCGCAAUCCACGACCUUAUUUAGAUUAUUAUGGUCAAUUUCAGCCAAAAUCAACAAUCAGAAUUGCCAUAUUGGGAUUUCAGGAGUCAGGAGCGGCUGCCUUGUGCCAGCUCAUUGCAGAGAAAUGCGAUGCCAAACUGAUAAGCUUGUCAGAGAUUCUUAAGACUGAAAUUGAGGAGAAAGAGAAAGGCAUUUUGGAGAAAAUUAAGAAUGGAGUUGAAAUAGAUCUCAUUGAUAAAUUAAAUAAGCAAAGGAAAAGAGAGCUGGAUGAGAUUUAUACCAAUAACGAAGCGGAACCACCAGUCCAACGUUUAAAGAAAUGCAUAACUAAACAGCAUCCGCAAGUCGUGGAAGCCGUGGAUAGAGCUCUGAAGUUUGCUCGCGCUCAGCCUUGCUAUCUUGAGCCCAACCGGUACGUAGAAGCACUCGUUGCCGAGCUGGAACGUCUCGAAAAAGAGAACGCAAAUAUCGAGGCCGAAAAUAGAAGACCAUUAAACUGGGUGAUAGAAGGCCUACCUCCACUAGAAGAGGUUUGGCAGUUGAUCAAAGAGCGCUCCGAACAAAUUCACAAACAAGUGAACUCAACUAGACAAGCCUACGAGUCACUACAAAAGAUCAGACACCUUCUCCAACAACUGAGAAAGGAUUCGGGAGACGCUAACGAGGAAGAAGUUGGGGAGGAAGUUGAGGAGAAAGAGGAGGACGAUGAGAACCUAGAAGAAGACGAGGAGCAGGGUUUCCCACAGAAAACAAAAGAAUCAUGCAAUCCUUGGGCUGAACAGCCUGAUCCUCGUCUGGAAAAGGCUCAAAAACGAUUCGACGAAGCUGCAAGUCAAAAAAUCUCACUUGAUCCUAUGCCAACACAUAUCUUUAAACUGAAAGAUGAACUUGGUGAUCGUGCAUUGAUGAUUCAUCGACUUUUCAAAAUUGGUUACGGACCAUUUGAAGGCUUGGAACCUAUACAAAGUGUAGAAGGGUAUGAUAUUCCAGCAAUGGAAAACAUGAUGAAUACGAAACCUUCAAAAACGGAUCAUAGCCGAAGUGAAGGCUCGGACGAUGAUGAUGCUAAGACUGAGCCCCCCGAAGAUCCGCCGAUCUCUUCACAAAUCUUUUAUCCAAUGCCUCAACCAGGGCCUGAGCUAGACUGCGUUCGAGAAAAGCUUGUUCAGUAUGAUACCAAAUGGGAGGCUGUGAAGGAAAGUCUCUCAGCCUCAAAUACUGCUUAUGGAUAUCCAGUGACCGCAAUAGAUUUGGGUAUAAGUAAAAACCAGCUGAUUGAGGAUCUUCUGGCAGAAGUUGAAGGCGAAUUUAAAACUUAUUGA